AUGCUACAAAGGUUCCACGAACAGAAACCGCUAUUCAUUUCUUCAUAUCCUAUCAAUGAUGUGACAUUGAUAGAGAGACUUUGCCAAAAGGUCUAUUUCCCGACUCGGGAUGUCUCAGCUGGUGAUAUCGCGGCAAUGCAUGGAGUGUUCUAUUGGCUCAUGAGAGAGUAUCUAUCAACCAAUGACAGAUUUUGCAAGCAAUUUGAUCUUGUGACUCAUUUCAAGAAUUGCAAAUCCACUUUUGAGGCCCAACUCAGAAGUCACAGCGUGUUCGCAGUUCCUAGCUUUGAAAAUGUCAUUGCACUGGCCAUGGGCAUUUUGAAAGCACAAGAUGAAGCCAAUCCACUCAUGGGAAGCCAUUUGCUAUCCACUGCCACUCGGCACUGCCAGAUGCUUGGAUACCAUCGCGAGUCCACAUAUAAGAACGUGAAAGAUGAGAACUCAAGCAAUAAGCGCCGUCUGUUCUGGACCAUUUAUGUCUUCGACAAGGGUAUGUCCCUGCUCUCGGGUCGGGCAUCCUAUCUACAAGACUUCGACAUGGAUGUGAAAACACCAGCUCCUUCAUCAGAUCCAGCGAUUCGCCCUUGGGAUGAGGCCUUUUGUUCAAUGAUUCAACUCGCUGAAAUACAAGGAAGCACAUACAACAAGCUAUACUCCCCGUCUGCCAUCAAACACUCGCGAUCUCAACGAUUAGAUGACAUCAAGUGUCUAAAAUUGGCCAUUGAGGGAUGUAUGCAGGGAAGAGACAAGAUCGAUUAUAGCUAUGUGGACCAACCAGAAAUUGUUGAUUUGACUCAAAAGACAUGGGAUAUCUUAUACUACUCGGUCUUAACUUCUAUCUUGCGUGCCUAUACAUCGACUGAAGACGGCGAAAUUGGACCAGAAUGCUUCAGAGCCGCGCGGAUGUGUUUACUCAGUCAUUUGGAAUGUUUUCCAGGCUACACCGAUUCGAGCCGAUUCACUGUUGCGGAUUAUGCCAAUUGGGUCCAACUGUACUCUUCUUUCACGCCAUUUAUCGUGAUCUUUCUUCACUCUAUCGCUGCUACUAGCAUGGAAGAUGUGGAUCUUCUCGAGGAGGUUGUGAGGACACUCCAGAAAACUCGCGGUGUCUCUAAAGCAUCAGAGCGUAUGUACAAUAUCUGCGCUAAUUUUGUUUCUGUCUCUCGGGGAUUGGUCGAAGCCCAAAACUCUUGUGUCGGGAGGUAUGAUGGAAACCGUGAUGCUCUAGAGCUGCUGGGCGACUCUCAGGACGGUCACCUGUUCCCCACAGACCCCCAAAAUGAUGAUCUAGGCUUGGAUAUGACGAGGUACAUCACAUACUCGGAAGCUCAAAGCAUGUCGGCACUUUUGGAAUGCUGGGAUAAUGGACAUCCAUCUGCGAUAGAUUUGUUGGGAAUGAACCUCGAAAAUGUACAGUGA